CACACGCUUCAACUCCAAUUUUACCAGUAAUAAAUAAAUAAUAAUAAAUUAAUAUAACUAUUCGAUUCAUUCAAUUUCACUUCCCAUUUCUUCUUAAAAAAAAAAAAAAAAAUUCACCCAAAAUAUAUCAGUUCUAUUUCAUUUGCAUCAAUCAAAUUCACAAUCAUUUCUUUCUCCGCCCACACAGAUCUUUCCGAAGUGGACGGAUCAGGAAAGCAACCAAAGAACAAGGUUCCAAGGGAUUCACAACCAAAGAAAUUAUCAGGAUUACAGUACCUUAUUCGUGGUAAAUUUGAAGUUCUGUUCAAGAAUGAACCCGCAACAAGUUGCACAAUCUAGAUCUUCUGCAAAUGGAUUUAAUCGUAGAAGAGGUGAAAAAGAAAUGGGAGGUAGAGUGGAAAAUAAAUCUCAGCCUGGAAAAUCAAACUUUAGCAGAACGGUAUCUGGAAAUAAUGGGGGAGUUGAAAGUCCAUCACGUGAUCGUCUAGUAUAUGUAACAGCAUGCCUUAUUGGGCAUCAGGUGGAUGUCCAGGUCAUUGAUGGGUCUGUCAUCUCUGGAAUAUUUCAUGCCACAAAUGCUGAGAAAGAUUUUGGAAUAAUCUUGAAAAUGGCUCGUGUGACCAAGGCUGGUUCGUCUCGAGGACAGAAAAAUGUUUCAGAUGUUACACAAAAGCCCCCUUCUAAGACCUUAGUAAUACCUGCCAAUGACCUUGUGCAGAUUGUAGCUAAGAGUGUCUCUGUAACUAGGGAUGGAUUUAUGAAUGAACUUCAGCAUAAUCAACUGCAUGACAUUAUGAUAGACUCGUCUAUUUCUCAAUCCCGGCAUGUUGACUUGGAGAGAGAGUUGGAACCUUGGGUCCCUGAUGAUGAUAAUCCAGAAUGUCCUGAAUUGGACAAUACAUUUGACAGCCAUUGGAACAGGGGAUGGGAUCAAUUUGAAGCAAAUGCAACAUUAUUUGGAGUGAAAAGUACAUUUAACGAGGAGCUCUACACAACAAAGCUGGAUAGAGGUCCUCAAAUGAGAGAGAGAGAAAGAGAAGCUUUAAGAAUAGCUAGGGAGAUCGAGGGUGAGGACACCCAAGAUCUUCAUUUAGCUGAGGAAAGAGGUAUCCGUUUCCAUGGCAAGUUUGAACUUGACGAGGAAACUAAAUAUUCAUCUGUGUCUCGCGGGGUUGAUGAUAGUGGUUAUGCUGAAGACGAAAACAUUUUGGAUUCACAAAAUAGUGAAACAUUUGGAGAUGUUUCUGAUCCUAUGAUGAACAAGUCAUUCACUGACUUGACAAUUGGGAAAAGUAAUAAUGAAUCUCAAUUACCAUCGAGCUUUUCAACACUGAUUGAGGUUCAAUCUUCUCAUUUGAACACCAGCACUGAUUUCCUUCCAUCUAGUUCUUUGGAUGGUCAAACCAGUAUACAAGACAACCAGGUUAAUCAACAACAUACUGUACGUAAUACCAAAGAGGAUAUCGAGAAGCACAUGCUGUAUGAGCGAAGCCAGGCUUCCAAAUUUGAGGAGACAUCAUUGGGGUCAUGUAACGAAAGUGGUGAUAAAGGACCUUCAGUGACUGCUAAUGUAUAUGCACCCUCCAAUAUGCCGUCUAAAGCUCAAGAAACGAAAAGCUUUAGUGAAGUAUCAGAGGGUACAGCAGUCUCUGUAAAGAUCAAUGGACCUGGAGUUUCUCGUGCACGCCCUGCUAGCUCUGCUUCAUCUACUUCAGAAUCUGGCAAUGCUGCCCCGCCUGCAGCUGCAAGUGCUCCUGGAUUAUCACCUAGCUCAUCAAUGGGCUCCUUGACUUCAGAAAAGUCUACAUUGAACCCUCAUGCAAAGGAGUUUAGACUGAACCCAAAUGCCAAAAGUUUUGUUCCUUCGCCGGCACCAGUAAGAGCCGUAUCUCCAGUAUCUGAUGGCUCCUUUUACUACCCAGCUAAUGUAGGUGGUCCACAUAUGCAUGGAAUGCCUGUUGGCAUCGGAAUGGGACCCUCUUUUCCUCCCAACCAGCCUGCUAUAUUCGGCCCACAAGGAACGCCUUUGCCAUCCCAACAGGCAUAUUAUUCUCCAAAUGGUCCUCAUUACCCGCAUCAGAUGCUUCUCAGUCAACCGCGGCAGGUGGUAUAUAUACCCGCUUAUCCUCCGGAAAUGCCAUAUAAAGGAAGAGAUUUUUAGUUUGGUCUAAGAAAUUGAGCUGUUGGUAUCUAUCAGAUCAUGCCAUGCUGAUGAAAAAUGAUAAAAGUUUUUGAUAAAAGGAAGACAGCAAGGCGAUACGAGAUUUAACAGCUCUUAAUACAUGAUCUUCACAAGGGAAAAACAGCAUGGCCGUAACCUUUGUGGAAUGCCAUCUUAUGACUAACAGACGUUUGUCGAAUGAUCUUCAAGGAUAUGUGUUUUUUAUUUUUGGGUGAUAUUUUCUAUUAGAUUGUGUUAUUGGAACUACAAAAGUGGAAAGAAGGUACAUUUUUACAUCCUUUGGUUGCUAUCUAGUGUUGUGUUAUAUUAGCUGUCUGGAUUUGGAGUCUGCAACUUUGCUUGUAUUGUAUGAAUCUCUCUUUCUCUUUCUCUCUCUAACGUGGAAAAUUAAAGAUUAAAUGCAA